UUGUGAGGUCGUCUCCUGUAAAUAAUAUAUCUCCUUUCUGUAGCGAUACACUGUAUUUAUUCAACCUAUUUCCCAUGGAGAGUAGAUUUACCUAAAUGCUGAAAUCUCACUGUAGAGGGUGGCAGUUUUCUGCCAGCAUGUUUGCUGUUUAUCAGCUCGCUAUGCUAACUUUAGCCUGAUAUUUAGCUUCUCAGGACGCUAGCCAUUCAGCUAAUCAGAGGUUAUUACGGGAGCUUGUUUUCAGAAGCCUGUAUCUAAAUAAGAUGGAUAUUUGAAAUGGCAUGUCAUCUGUAGCUUCGUGCUGAACUGACGCACAGCAAAGGUCAAGCUUGCCUUGAUGUUGGACCUCCUGCCUAGCAUGCAGCCAUGAGCUCCGCCCUGUGGAGCCAGGAGAAGCCCAGCGGGGGCUUCAGGGAGGACUGGCGCUUCUACAUGGUCAUCAAGGAGUGUACGGUGGAGAAGACCCCCCAGAAGACCCUGAGGAUCCCCCGCGGCAGCCUCGGUCAGGCCUGCCAGGAGCGCAACAGCCUGGGGAGAACGCUGCCUCCAAACAAGGGCAAGAAAAGUCUCCGCAUCCUGGACCAGACCAACGUGGUGCUGAGCCUGGACGAGCGGGACGUCCUGGAGCUGGACGAGAAGCUGGCAGAGCUGCUGUUCCCCAUCACAAACUGCGAGGAGCGCUACGCCCUGCUCUGCAACAAGUCCCGGCUGGAGCGAGUGCGUGAUAUUGACUGUGGGUCCAAGGUGAGGGUCCAGCUGCGCUCGGGGGACGAACCUCUGCCCGGGGUGGUCCGCUUCAAAGGCUCGCUGCUGCCCGAUAGAGCGCUCUCUGGAAUCUGGUUCGGAGUAGAGCUGCUGGAGGAGGGCCGGGGCCAGGGCUUCACCGAGGGAUCCUACCAGGGACGCCAACUCUUCCGCUGUGAGGAUGAGUGCGGUGUGUUUGUGGCCCUGGACAAGCUUGAACUCUGGGAGGAUGACGAUGACGAAGCUUUGGGUGAGCUGGAGGUGGACCACGUGACUCUGGUGGAAGACGACCAGGACUUUCCUCCUCUGGAGAUCAACUCCAGGGUCCUGGUGCAGACCAGGGACGGGCCGGAGAGAGGGACCAUCAUCUUCUGUGACCUGCUGCCCGGGAAUGAGAGCCUGGGCUACUAUGUGGGAGUAGACAUGGACAAUCCCAUCGGGGACUGGGAUGGUAUGAUCGAUGGGAAGCUGCUGUGUAAUUUUGCCAGUUUGGAGCACACUCGACUCGUACCUAUCUGUGACGUAAUGCCAGAUUAUUCCAUGCAGGACCAAAGGCUGCAAAAGCACAGUUUUGCCCCCAGAGGCACCAACAGUGAAAAGUCGUCCUCUGGCCAAAGCAAACCAAAGAGCAAAGGAUUAGGUCAUCAGUGUGGCAGUAGAAGCAAGUCUGAGUUUUACUAUACUUUAAAUGGCAGCUCUGUUGACCCCCCCGCCCAGUCCAAAUCCAAAAGCACAUGGUACAUUGAUGAAGGUAAAAACGGGAACUCAUGGGACGUCAACCCUCUCACCGGCAAGCUACUGUUUACAACAAGCUACUGUUUACAUCAAGCUACUGUUUACAACAAGCUACUGUUUACAACAAGCUACUGUUUACAACAAGCUACUGUUUACAACAAGCUACUGUUUACAACAAGCUACUGUUUACAACAAGCUACGAGAAGGCGUUACGAGUGGUCGAGGUCGCGGCCGCUCGCGAGGUCGUCCGCCCCCCUCCGGGUGUCGCCGUACUGGGGCGUGUCUCCGCCCCAAGAGGAAGUGGAGGUGGUCUCUCGGGUGGAGGCUGGCCCGACAAGGAGAACCCCCGCAGCUCCCGGAGCCGCCUCCGCCGCCACUGCCCGAGCGACCGAGGGGGUCCAUCUCCACCCGAGGAGGAAAGCCCACCGGCACGGGAAGCUGUCCGUCCCCAAGGAGCUGCAGGAGGGCUCGGGGCGGCAGGGCUCGUUCCCCCGCCAGAGGAUGGAGCUGUUCGCCGUGCUGUGCAUCGAGACCAGUCACUACGUGGCCUUCGUCAAGUACGGCAGCGCGGACUCCUCCUGGCUCUUCUUCGACAGCAUGGCGGACCGCGACGGAGGGCAGAACGGCUUCAACAUCCCGCAGGUGUCCCCCUGCCCCGAGGUGGAGGCGUACCUGAAGAUGAGCCCCGAGGAGCUGCACUCCCUGGACCCCAAGAGCAUCGUGGGCCAGGCCCGCCGCCUGCUCUGCGACGCCUACAUGUGCAUGUACCAGAGCCCCACCAUGAGCCUGUACAAGUAGAAAACCUCUCCCCCAAACCCUCCACCAUCGCCACCUCCCCCCCAAGCCACACCACCUCCCCCCUCCCAAAGGGCAGGAGAUUCCCAGAAAGACCAACAAAGUUAACCCUCUCCAGCCCAGCUCUCCUCUCUGGAGGUGGGAGAGAUGAAAGCGAGAGGGGGGGAGGCCUAUUUGCACUGUGCAUUAGUUGAAGUGUUGUGUUCUUCAUAUGUAGCUUCCCUGUGUCUCACUGCUGAGCGUCGUUGGUGGAAGAUGGAGCGAGGCCUUAUGAAGACGCACUGGGCAUGCUUGCGUUGCCGCGUCUGAAAAAACACGUGCAACGAAAACAAGUCGAGCUCGUGGGAUGACCUCCUCCACCUCAUCUACCUUAAGGAAAUAGGAGUCGUGCUAUUCUUAAUCACUAACACACAUCAUGCAGUGGCCUCAUCCAACUCUGCUCAAAGAACGUCUCUUAGUAGCAUAGAUUUCCUGAGGUGGUACCGUCAGCACUAUAGACCCCCCCCCCUAAUCAUGCUGUGUAAAUGUCUUUACAGUACAUGUUUCUUUGCAGAUAGCAGUAGCCAUUGUAGAAGUGUCGUACUGCACAUCUCGCUCUAACAAUGCUGCACUUUUUUGCUCCAUCCCCAAGUGGACCUAUCAGGAAACAUUUUCUUUUUUUUCCUCCCAUUGGAAGUCACACCGAGUGCUAAUUUGUUGGUCGGGAGACAUCAGAGUUUUGUGUUACAGAAUACAAAUGUGCUUCUCCCCCGGUAAAGAGCGCUCUGCAUUGCAAAUGGCGAGGAGAUGCCAGAUAAAUGCAUGAAGGGAGACUUGUACAAUGGCUGCCGUUGUAGAGCACUCCAUGCACUCAUGGGGUCAAUGAGGUGAAGUCCUGGAAAAAGCCUGGCUGUUUUCUUUCAAUUAAGGGAGUAUGAUGUGAGGAAUUUCACAUGCAGUGUUUUUAAGUGUCUGACUCAUUGUGUUGAUGACUAAAUAUAAAUUAUAUUUUAUGUUUACAAAGCCUUUUUUCUUUUGCCCAUCAUGGCAAGUAUUGACUUUUGCUGCCUUCCAUGAAGAUGUGACAUGCAAUGUUUCCAGCCGUGCACCAGAUAACUAAACAAUAUUAUUUAUUAUAUUCUAAUCCUAAUAUAAACCUGUGUGUUAUCCCUUUUUUAAGGAAAUGAAACAGGGUUGGUGAUACUGCUUUGGGUACUGCUUGUCCCUUUUCACAGUAUAAGGAGUUAUUGUAGUUUUCUCAUAGCAACUACUGAAUGUUAAUAGUAACACGUUGAACAGUGUAAAGUUAACAAAGGAUUGAAAUGAUGACGCACAAGGCUGGUAACCCUUGUGCGCAAUAUAUAUAAGUAUUUAAAGAAACAUUUACAUAUUCCAUUGUAAUCCAAUUUAAAAGUACCUAAAGCAUAUUGGAUUGAGAAGUAGUUGUUUUUAUAUACACACCAUUGGAUUGAACCAAGAAACUGCACAUGUUGGCAUCAGCAUUAUAUAUAUUUUUCCAAAUCACAACUUGAAAAUUGAAGCAGUUGUGAGUAUAAAACAAAAGUGUGAAGUAUACGGGCGUUUUUUUAAUAAAUGAGGUUCCAGCUGACACUUCCAUUUUGCUCUGUGGUCGUCUCCACUGUCGGGACUUCCUGUGUGAACUCCUUCCGCUGAAUGUCGUCUCUGACUGGAGCCUCGGGGUUUUGAUUUCCUUUUUCUGUUGCAUCUGUACAGUAUAUACAUAUUUAACAGGUGGAAAAUUAAUGUCAGUGAUGUUCCUGUAAAUGUUAACAAAAUAAAGCCCGUUUUGAAGGGUACACGUUGUGAGUGGUGUGAUGAAAGAGA